CUUCAGCCUCUGAACGUAUAAUGCCACAGAUUUGAUUAGGAAAUGACGGGUGAAGAUAAACUUGGGAUAUUCAUUAGAGAUGAGGACAUAUGGCAGGAACUGUGUUUAUAUUUACGAAAAAAGUUGUUAAUGAAAAAGUGUGUCAAGUUUUCGAAUCUUGGGAUUUUUGGAUUCAGUCACCGUGAAUUGUUGCUGACAGAUGGUGUCUAUGUUGGAGUUCACAGACCUGUAUUUUUAUUAUCAGAGAAGUUAUGCCAAUCUUACGGUAUCGUUCAACGGAAGUAUGUGAUUGAAGGAUCAGUUCCAUUAAUUCAGCUCAACUAUAGUGAACUAAGCUCACAAAUAUUGGUGCCAAGAGAACAAAUUGAAGAUUGUAUACAAAAUGUUUGUGCAACAUUAGGUCAAUACUUGUAUCAUGAAAAAUUUGCCGAAGUUAUAUUUAAUGAUAUUGGAAAGUUACGUAUAAACAAGAAGAAGUCGAAAUUUUGUUUCUUCAAUAGUUUCCUAAGUGAACUUGAUAAUACUGGAAGGCUGGCUCAAACAUUUCAAAAUCGUCCAGAAUCUUCUGAUGGUGUAACAACUGAUCGAUCAGUGUUGAGCAACAGAAGUCAUGGAUCUAUUAGUUCUGUGAAAAAGAGAUUAGCAACCAUAGAUGAAGAUAAGCCUUCUACAUCUCCUGUGCCUCCGUUAAGUGAAAAAACACAUCAAUCUAAGAGACAAGAUGAUCAGUCAAGUACCAGUGAUAAAGUUUCAUGGAUAGAUGAUCGUGAUGUUGUAAAAUGUAAUACUGAUUCCUUAGCAUCUUGUAUUCAUACUAGUCCAAUACAUCGAAACAACCAAGUUUCAACAGUUGAGGAAGUACCGGAAAUUGUCGGUCAGCAUGAAUCAUUCCUAGAAGAAGAAUCUAAUGCGAAUCCCACAAUUUCAAGUCCACCUUCAACUGUUGCAGAUAACCCUGAGUUAAAUCAAAAAAGUUUCAUUUCACCGGAUUUGCCAAAACUUUAUACAACCGAUCUUGAACAGUAUGUCAAACAGAGUUCAAAAGUUAAAAGUCAUUGUUCUGCAUCCCAUACAAGUUCUAAAUUGUCAGAUUGCUCAAGAUCUACACUAUCAAGUGUACGCUCAAUAAAAAUUAAUAUUGAAGAACUAGAGAAAAGAAUACCUAAGACUGAUGACAAUUGUAAUCAUGCAUUAAGUAAAAAUAAUGGGUUAUGUUAUUUAUGCCAUCAGAGACGUAUACGUAACAUUCAUAUAGAUUUAAAAGAUGAAAUAAAGAAGAGGGAGCAAGCCGAAGAUGAACUUUUACGAAUUUAUCAGCUAAUGAGGGAAAAUAAUGAAGCUAAACGAGAACAAGAGAAUUUACUCACCAGAAGGAAUGAAUUAUGCAAGCAGGCAGCUUUUAAUUUGGGUGUUGCUUGUUCUAAACGUAUGAAAAAGUCAUUUGUGGAUCCUACAAUCUAUCAAACAUUCAUUAUGGAUAAAAGACCACUUACACCACUUCGUCAAACUAAACAAAAAGAAUUGAAAACAGAACUUGACAAUCAGGUUGAGCAACGGUUAUCUGAUAUACAUCAUUUGAAAGAACAGGAACUUUAUUUGGGCAAAUUGGAGCAAGUUAAGUUGGUCAAAGAACUGGAAAUUCAAAAAAGACGUAUGUAUGAAAGUAAACUGCAGAACCAGUCAGCAUACAAAGAAGCGUUGGACUUCCAGGUAAAGCAUAAACCGGAAUAUCUACCUAAAUUUGAAAACAAUUCGUUAGGAUUAAUGUUAAGAUUGUUUGUGGAUAAUGAUAAAAAAUUAAGUGAACGUAACUUGAUUGCAAAAUCCGUUCAGGAGCAUCAGUUGAAAUCUAUUGAGGAAUUAAAGAAUCAAUUCAAAGAUGAACAGCUUUAUGAGAAAGAACAGGAAAAAAAGGUACUAAAACGUGUUCAAGAUGAUUUAGUUACUGAUAUAGUACAAAGAAAGCAAGAACAAAAGGCAAUGCGACAAUAUUUACAGAAUGAAUGGCUUAAAGCCUCACAAGUAAAACAUGAUAAAGAGGUGCAUGAGAAAUUAAGGGAUCAAGCCCAAAAUAGUCUUUUGUUAUUAGAACAAACUGGGAAGUACAAAAGAUGUAAUCAGUGUCAACGUAGUUUAGAUAAUGUUGGACAGUUUCAUAUGACAACAGAUACUUAUGUUCGUGGGAAACAAUUUGUAAUUUAGCGUUAUUUUUAGAGGUACGACUGUGUUUCAAGGGACUUACUUUUGUACUUAUCAAAUAGAAAUUGUAUUCUCACGCAUAUUGCUUUAUGAUACUAUGGUAAUUACAUUUUAUUGUUACACUUUAGUAGUACUCAUAAUAAAUAAUAUGACUCCUCAG